ACCGCGCCUUUAAGACGUGACCACGUGACCUCGUCGCCUAGACUUCAGACCCGGAAGUGAAGCAGCUGCCACCGCAGUGUUUUCAUGGACGUUCAGCUCUCGAGUGGAAAUUGAUGUCUGUUUGUUUUUUGGCUGAAUCGGUGACAGCAGCAGCAUGAUAUAUGUCACUUAUCCUCAGCGGGUAAAGGAGCGACCGGGUUUCCUCUCGCAUCCAGAAAACUACCGGAAGGGCACCCGGACGUAAUUUAAAGUAACGCCAUGAAUUUGUUCUAAAACCGUUUGGUAACACAGGAGAGACACAUGUGGGCCACUUCUCCCCCUGCACCGAGCUAACGGCCGUGUGACACGAUGACCCCGAUGACCUCUGGGGCGAGGGCCAUUCUCCUCAGCCUGCGUUGCACGUUCAGCAAAGCGGGCUCCUUUGCCAGGGUCCGACUCAUCCAAAGCCCCAGGAUAUGUUUUGCAAAGAGAGGACAGCUAUUAACACAGAUGCCCAAGGUGACGCUGUUAUGUUGGGGUGCAGUGAACGCGGCGUCGUUCACGGUCAGGUGCCAGGAGGCCGCGCUCACAUCUCCGACCGCCGGCAGAAAGUCCCUCGCCAGACUCCAAGUGCACAAAGUCGUAUUUUUCCUUCGCCUCGGCCUCCGCGCGUUGGUGCUGCUGCUCAAAUUUGGCCCCCUUCUCCUCCUCUGCCCCUUGGCCCUGGUGUCCGCGCGCUUGGCGUCCCUCUGGCUGGACGCUCUGCUGUGGGUGACCGAGACCUCUGGUCCCACGUUCAUCAAGCUGGGGCAGUGGGCCAGCACCAGGCGAGACAUUUUCUCCGGGGAGUUCUGCGAUCGCUUCUCCAGGCUCCACGUCAAGGUGCGCCCCCACCCCUGGGCCCACACCAAGCAGUGUCUCCGGAGGGCCUUCGGGGAGGGCUGGAGGAGGGUGUUGGUCUUCGAGAGCAAGGAGCCCGUGGGUUCGGGGUGUGUGGCCCAGGUGUACAGAGGCUGGGCCAAGGCGGACCAGGUGGAGGACCCGGCCUUCCAGUCGCUGGUGGAGGAGAGGGAGAGAGAGGACCUGCUCGAAGCCUGGGAGAUCCCCGGGUUUGGGGGAGUGGCCAGGUCCCUGCGGCGGUUUUGGAGCGGGAGAAGGGACGAGGAGAGCUACGAGGAGAGAUGCUACCCAGACGGUCAACACGAGGAGAGCAGCGCGGAGAAGCAGCGUCUUAUACCUGUGGCUAUCAAGGUGGUCCAUCCAGGCGUCAGGCGGCAGGUGGAGAUAGACCUGUUGCUGAUGAAAGCAGGCAGUUGGCUUCUGCACUGCCUCCCCAGACUGGAAUGGCUCAGUCUGUACGAGAUCGUGGAGGAGUUUGAGAAGCUCAUGACCAAACAGAUCGAUCUCCGUUUUGAGGCCAAGAACAUCGACCGUUUCCGUGAUAAUUUCCGUGACGUGGAUUAUGUCAAAUUCCCGACUCCCUUACGGCCAUUUGUCACCAAGAGCAUUUUAGUAGAAACUUUUGAAGAGAGUGAGCCUAUUUCCAACUACCUGAGCUCAGAGAUUCCUCUGGAGGUGAAGCAGAGAAUAGCUAGGAUGGGUGUUGACACCCUGCUGAAAAUGGUCUUUGUUGACAACUUCGUCCACGGGGACCUCCACCCGGGCAACAUUCUGGUCCAGUGCCGGGGGUCCGUCGCCGGUUCCAGUGACAGAGCGGGUGUCGCCGGGGAGCUCGGCGGCAAGACCACCCUCACUGACCUGUGGGACACGGUGGUCGUUAGUGUUCGGCCAGAUCCCUUUCCUCUCCAGUUGGUGUUGCUGGACGCCGGCAUCGUAGCCCAGCUCAGUGACCAUGACCUCGCCAACUUCAAGGCUGUCUUCACAGCUGUGGUGCUGCGGCAGGGUGAGCGAGUGGCAGAGUUGAUUCUGCAUCAUGCCCGAGCCAACGAGUGCCAGGAUGUGCCACAGUUCAAGAAGGAGAUGGCCCAGUUGGUGGACCAUGCUCUUAGCAAUAAGCUCUCUCUGGAAAAGGUCCAAGUGGGUGACUUGCUCUCCAGAGUCUUUGGUCUGCUCAUCAAACACAAGGUGAAGCUGGAGAGUAACUUUGCCUCAAUCGUUUUUGCCAUCAUGGUGCUGGAAGGUCUGGGCAGGUCACUCGAUCCAAACUUGGACAUCUUGGAUUUGGCCAAACCGCUGCUGCUGAAGAACUGCGCCUCACUGCUCUGACGCACUUACACACACAAACCACAUUGAGACAGCAUGCUUGAUCAGUUGUGUACUUGUAUGUCCACACAAAGGUACUAAACCCCUACACCUUGUACUGUACACACUGCAUCAUACAGCUAUACACAGUAUAUAGUACAUGUGUAUAUCCUCAUAAUGAUGGUGGGUUGUCUACAAUACAAGAGUCCUGUGGAUCACAACAUCACCGUCUCAUCACCUCAUGUCAGCACUGUUUACUCCAUAAAUACCUCAUUGAGUUUUACAUUGGCGGGUUUUUCCACAAAUUUUAUCAUCUUCUCUGUUCAAGGUGUGAACCCACCAGAAUCAGCCCUCGAACACAGCCCGAUGAACAACCGCGUGUUCACUUCACAAGAGGCGCCAGUCGUGUUGAGUUUAACAGAUGAGUCCAACACAGAUCUCAUCAGAGACCAUUAGCAGUGGUACGAGAUGUAAAGCAAAAUAUUGAGUUGACACACUUAAGCAUAUUUUAACGUUUUAAUGACUAAUAUUGAUCUCAGGACGUCUUUUAUCACUCAACCUUUUAUCAUGUCUUUAGAUCAAUUUUCAUGAGCCAUAUUUGUUUGUGUGAAUCACAAUGUACGGUGACUGUUGUUCUUGCACACUACAUGGACUUUGUGAAGCUAAAUGUACUCACCACUGACCCAUGUAUAUUAACUUUCCAACAAAGUAGUGGGAACACUUGUAUGAAUUAUGCAUUUCAAUAAAAAUAAAAAAAGGGAAUAUCCGCUAA